UCUAUUUUAGACAUAGAGAGUCUAAUUUUUCAUUGCAAGAGUUGAAAGGAAGAGCAAAAGUUUUCAGAAGAUUAGAGUAAUGGUAUUCUACUGGUUAGAGUACGUGGCAUGCGCAUGUAUGCUACAAUGGGAUAGAAUUCAGUUUUCGUUUAUCUAUACUCUUCAACAUCAGCUAUUUUCUAAAUUGUUUAGACUGAUUAUGGUAUUGCAAUAACAGGAGUAGUUGAUAAAGAUCGCGUAACGCUUCCUGUUCACCUAGCAGUAUCAUCAAGAGAUGAAUCGGAUCCCGUACUUAAUGCAAGGUCAAGAGAGAUGGAUGGCACUGUUACAGUGAAUAAUUUGGCAAUAGGAAAUACUUAUGUUCUUCUUCGUUAUGCUUCCUACGAGUUUACUCCUACAGAAGGAGAUGCUAACGAUUUCAUUCAUUCACGUUUCGAUGUUAAGCACGAAUUCAUCGCUGUCAACAGUACAUACGUUUACGAAGAUCCAAAAAAAAUAUCAUCGACAGGAUCUGUUUAUUAUCGAUGUGUUUUAAAGCCUGAUGUUGUUCGAAAUUUAAGUGAAUAA